AUGGAUGUGCCUUGGAAGCUGAACUUAGAUAGUUGCAUAAAUUUGAGAUGGUUGCGCCUAUGCUCAAUGAAGAACACUGCCAUUGCGCAUAAAUGGUUUCUCGAACUGUUUGAUAAGUUUCCUUACCUUGAGACUCUGCAAAUACAUCGGUGCUCUAUGUCCGAGAGGAUUAAUAUAUCAAGUUCUCAACUCAAGUUCUUAGAUUUUUUGUGGUGCUCAAACUUGAAGGAGCUCAACAUUGAUGCCCCAAAUUUAUUAUCAUGUGACUUUAGGGGAAAUGACACACCUGUUAUAACUUUUCUGAGCAGUUCUAAUAAACUAAAAGUGAAUGUUUUUACUGACAUGGAUUUUCAACACUAUAACUUGAAGGAAUUUAUCCAAAACAUUAAACCACACCAGGUUUUGACAUCACUCUCCCUCUUUGUGGAUUUCCCACUUGAUAUUGAACCGGGUGUGUUGCAAUCAGUUUCAUCCACUCCUCCGCAUAUUAGACAUUUGGAAUUUCGUCGUGUUCCAAACAGGGAAGCUCUUUACUUUCCCUAUCUGAAUUGGUUGCUUUCAAGUUGCUGCCCAGAAACCAUUUCAUUCCUUUGGCAAUCCUCUUCUUAUUAUAUCGAUAUUAGACCAUUCAUUGUGUUUAUCUACGAGAUGUUGAUGGGCAGAAUAGGCUGUUGCAGAUCGGAUCAUGGUAAUAAAUGUUGGUGGCAUGCCUUGAAGAAUGUUAAGGUCACAUGUUCAUUCAUAACUAGGGACAUAGUGAACAUUAAGACCAUGUUAGAUGCAUGGCCAGAUUCUGAUGCCGAGGAAAAUGUUAGGUUCAUCUUAGAACUGUAA